UCCCAUAUACCCAAAAGCCCUUCCCCCACUGUACAAUCAACAGGUUUCCGAGUCUCCAAAGCUACCCCGCCAGACCCUUGAACCGCUUAUACAGUCAUCAUGAGCGUAAAGGACGUUCUCUCUCGCAAGACCGGCGUCAUUGUUGGCGACGAUGUCCUCCGCCUCUUUGAACAUGCCCACGAAAAGGGCUAUGCGAUUCCUGCCAUUAAUGUAACCUCCUCCUCUACUGUCGUGGCCGCUCUCGAGGCCGCCCGUGACAAGAAGAGCCCUCUCAUCCUGCAGGUGUCUCAGGGUGGUGCUGCAUUCUUUGCCGGAAAGGGCAUUUCUAAUACCAACCAAGAAGCUUCCAUUGCUGGAGCCACCGCCGCAGCUCACUACAUCAGAAGUGUUGCCCCCUCCUAUGGCAUUCCCGUCGUCCUCCACUCCGACCACUGUGCUAAGAAGCUGCUCCCUUGGUUGGAUGGCAUGCUCGAUGAGGAUGAACGCUAUUUCAAACUCCACGGCGAGCCCCUCUUCUCCAGCCACAUGAUCGAUCUGUCGGAGGAGUCCGUCGACUGGAAUAUUGAAACCACUGCCAAGUACCUCAAGCGCGUUACUCCCAUGAAGCAAUGGCUCGAGAUGGAAAUCGGCAUCACCGGCGGUGAAGAAGAUGGUGUCAACAAUGAAUCUGUCGACAACAACUCCCUCUACACCCAGCCCGAGGACAUCUACGCCAUCUACAAGACCCUCUCAGCCAUCAGUCCCUACUUCUCCAUCGCCGCCGGCUUCGGCAAUGUGCAUGGCGUCUACAAGCCCGGAAAUGUCCGCCUACACCCAGAGCUUCUCGCCAAGCACCAAGCCUAUGUCAAGGAGAAGACCGGCUCUUCCAAAGACAAGCCCGUCUUCCUCGUCUUCCACGGCGGCUCCGGCUCCUCCAAGGCUGAGUUCAAAGAGGCCAUCAGCUACGGUGUUGUCAAGGUCAAUCUGGACACGGACAUGCAGUACGCAUACCUGAGCGGCGUGCGCGACUACGUGCUCAAGAAGAAGGAUUACUUGUUGACAGCUGUCGGGAACCCGGAGGGAGAUGAUAAGCCGAAUAAGAAGUACUUUGACCCCCGCGUCUGGAUCCGGGAGGGAGAGAAGGCCAUGAGCGUCAGGGUGCAGGAGGGGCUGGAUGAUUUUAACACUUCGGGCCAGCUGUAAAAAAGGGGGGAGAGAGAAGGAGGUUAAGGAAAGGGAAGGGGAGGGGUGGUGGUGAUUCUUAUGAAACACGAAAAAAAA